UCAGGCCGACGACCUGCUCAAACGAUGGUGGUGCCGGAGAGUUUUCAGCUCGAUCAGGAGAUUCUUCUCGACGCCGGUGCUCAAUUGCACCGGCUCAAGAUGUAUCCCUACUUUGAUGUCGCGCAUUAUCUGUUGAUGAUAAUCGAAGUCCGAGACGACUUGGGAAGUGCUGCAUCAAUCUUUUCCCGCAAGCAUCCACUCUCCUGCUGGCUCUCCUCAAUGCUCAUGUGCUUCGCCGACGCUUUCCUAGCCAACUUCUUGCUCGGCGAGCCCGUCAUCGCUCCGUUCAAACGACACGACGACAUAAUCCUCGCCACAAUCAUCUGGUAUCUGGUGUUCUACGCGCCAUUCGACGGAAUCUAUAAAAUCGCGAAAAUCACGCCGGUCAAGUGUGUGCUCGCCGUGAUGAAGGAGGUGAAGCGGGCCUAUAAGGUGUCACACGGUGUAUCGCAUGCUGCGAAGCUCUACCCGAACUCUUAUAUUGUGCAAGUGCUCGUCGGAACCGCCAAAGGAGCCGGCUCAGGAAUUGUGAGAACGCUGGAGCAACUCGUACGUGGUGUCUGGCUGCCGACUCAUAAUGAACUGCUCCGCCCGUCUUUUGCAACGAAGGCGUGUGUUGUUGCGGCUUCUGUGUUGGCAUUGGAGAAGAGUGGAACUUAUUUGACGGCGCCACAUGAUUUGGUUUAUUUGGUAAUCGUCGGUUUCUUUGUCUACUUCAAGCUCUCGGCAGUCAUUCUCCACGUCACCGAUCCGUUUGCUCCAAUCGAAAACCUAUUCUGCGCGAUUUUCAUGGGAGGAAUCUGGGAUGCAGUGUCACGAGCCCUGGCCGCUUCACGUGAUCGACGUGCCGCUGGAGCACAUUCGAACGAAAAUGGUUCAUCGAUUUCUACGCCGGAAAAGAAGGAUCAAUAAAUUAAUUGUAUUAGGCCAAUGUGUGUGGAGAAUUGUGCAGAAUUUGGAUGAAACUUUUUCAAGAAAAUCGUUCGAAAAAAGUAUUUUUUUUAGGAAAAUAUUCGAUAUUUUUCCAAAAAAAUUGUUGUUCUCCAAAAAUCAAAAAUUAUCCAAAAAAACGAUUAGAUUAAAUACCUUUUUUUUGGGAAAUUACGAUUUUGGGAAUUUUUAAAAUUUAUCAAAAACUGAUUUUUUUUCUCAAUUUAUUUUUUUAAAAAAAUUAUUUUUGGAAAAUAUUCAUCUUCCAAAAAUCAAUAUUUAAUUCAAUAUUUCUCAAUUUUUUUUUGGAAAAAUAGAUUUUUAGGAAUUUAUCGAUUUUCUUACCAAAUUUUUAGUUUUAUAGAUUUCUAAAAAUCGAUAAUAUUUUAAAGUUAUCGAUUUUUGGAGAAUAUCUUAAAUUUUGCAUUUUCCAAAAAACCGAUAACUUUCAAUAAUUUUCGCGGUUUUUUUUUUGAAAACGUAUAAUUUUCAAAAAAUCGAUAUUUUCCGAAAAAGUCAAUUAUUUUUUCGAAAAAUAUGACAAUUUUUGGAAAAUAAUCUAUAUUCUCCAAAAAUCAAAAUAUUUUCAAAAAAUCGAUAAUUCAAUAGGUCCCCAAUUUUUUUUGGAAAAAAUAGAUUUUUCAGUAUUUUUAGACCGAUUUUCCCGAAAUUUUCAGUCAUUUUUUGACAAUUUUUCUCUUCUUAUUCUUCAUCAAAAAAGUAUUUGUCUGGUUUUUUUCCGUUUCUUGUUUUUUAUUGAUUUUUUUUUCAAUUUUUUGCUCAAAAACAUCAACAACAACUGCCCAUAAAUAAAAAUUAUCGAUUUUUUUUUUGUAA